AUGGCUUCAAAAGAGCGUGGUGCGACCUGGGAUGACGCCGAGACUGAGGCCGUUAUUGCUAUAUGGGCAGAGGACGCUAUCCAGGCGAUGUUGGAGGGCGCGAAACACAACCACAAAGUGUUUAAAAAGAUUUCGGACGAAAUCACGUGGAAGAUGAUGCAACACGAGGAGCAUGAGUACAGCACGCAUGAUGAGAUGGAUGAUGAGCGGUCUUUGAACGAAUCUAUAGCAAGUUGUGUUUCUGAGGAGCCAGGAGGAAGUCGCAUUCCUGAAGGUCCUGGCGAUGAUACUCCUGCUGCCAAGGCUCCUGAAUCAUCUGUUAAACGCAAGAGGAAGAGCAAAACCGUAAAAGCUAUUGACUCUACAAUAGAGGAAUACAUUAAAGCUCAAAAACAGUCUGAUGACCUUUGGCUGGCAGCAUUUAAAGAACAUGAGGAGUCAAUCCAACGACAUCAGCGCCACAUGAUGCAGGAAAUGGAAAGGAACCGAUUUCAGGCUGAAGAGAAACAGAGGGAACACGAGAUGCGGAUGAUGCAGAUGAUGGUCCAGUUGUUGACUCAACCAGCACAAUUACAACCUCUGAACCCUGCGUCCCCUUCGACUUCUGUGCCAAAUUUUUCGACUUAUGGACCUUAUCAAUAACUGAAAAAUAUUGUAAAAUAUGUAAAUUUUUUUAUUGUUUUACAAAUGUACAAUACAUAACAUGUUUAUACAAAAAUUGUUGUUGUUACUGACUUUUUCAAAAUAUACACCACACUAGUAAUUGCAAAAUUAUGUAAAACUAAACUG